AUUGGAUGGAAAUUGUUAUUGUUACAAUUAAUUUUAAUAAUGUUAUGAUCAUGUCGCAGAAUUUGUUUUGAAAAUGUCACAAUUUACUACAACAAAUGUUAUUAAUGAAACAUCUUCCAAGUUAAUGUAUCAUGAUUAUAACAAAACAAGGUCUAAUUUACCAUUUCAAAUAGCCCUGUAUGUGAAUCUAUGGCUUUUCCCAGUUUGGCUGUUGAUUACUGUUGUAAACUUGGAUGCAAAAUACAAUAAUUUGACAAAUGUUUAUAAAUUGCUAACUAUAGCAAUAUUUCUAAUACUUUCAAUUUUUGAAAGUUUAAAGUUAUAUUUAGGGUACCUUGGAAAUCUUACCGGAAAGAUUCCAGAAUUAACUACUUGCUGGUUAAUCUCGAUAUUAAUACAACUUCCCCUAGAGGCAUUUCUCCUUUUUGAUCGUGGAAUACCAUCUCAUUAUAGUGAAACAUUUAUCAAUUCUUUUAUGGUUUGCCUUCUUCUUAUUGAAAUUAUUACAGGUACGAUAGCUUUAAUGAAUUUAGCAGAUCAUCGUGCUAAAGUGUUUUAUUUAAUGCAUUUAUACAAUACAUGUACAUAAAAUGGAUGUUAAACUGUUCUAAAAUACCUUUAUAGCUAAUCUCAUUUUUUAAUUAUAUAUAGAAUUUUGAGCAAAUACUGGCUAAGUGUAAUUACUGUAUAGUAUACUAGUACAUUAUAUUAAAAUACCGCAAAAUA